AUUUAAGGUCUUUCAUUCGUAUUUGUUUCAUUAUUAUAUUUAUCAUGAUUUAUUUGUGCUUAUUAUUUUAAUAUACAUUAUUAUUUGCACGUUUGCCCGAAGCAACAUCACUUUUCUUUUGCUUUGGCAUAAAUGAACGCUCCCCGUCUGGCAGAUGUUUUCUUCCAUCUGGUAUUCAAAUGUCUCACCUAGCUGAUGCAGGGUGAAGCUGCAAAGUCUCGCUUGCUCUUCUUAUUGGCUGGAGCUUCUUCACGUCCAGGCGAGCUAUUAGCCAAUAGAAAAGAGACGCAAAUGCAAGAAAGAGGAGUGGACAUAUCCGACCUGGCUCACAGCGUCACACGCGCAGAGUUCGUGCAGAAAGAAAGAAACAAACCAUCUACACAGAUCGGCAAGAUGGAGAAGAAAAUCCCGGACUUUUCUGGAAAAUGGAAAAUGAAGUCUUCGGAAUAUUUUGAGGAGCUCUUGAAAGCGCUGGGUGUGAAUAUGUUUGUGAGGAAAAUUGCUGUGGCGGCAGCCUCAAGUCCUGCUGUGGAAAUCAGCCAACAAGGAGAGAGUCUAUCCAUCAAAACAUCCACCAGCAUCCGCACUACCCACGUCUCUUUCACCGUGGGUCAAUCGUUUCACGAGACCACAGUGGAUGGACGCCCCUGCACGAGUUUUCCUACAUGGGAAUCAGAGAGCAAAAUCAGCUGUGAACAGACUUUACAGAAAGGCGAGGGACCCAAGACAGCCUGGACUCGAGAGCUGACUAAUGACGGAGAGCUGAUACUGACGAUGACUGCAGGGGAUGUUGUCUGCACCAGAGUUUAUGAAAGGGAAUAAGGAAAUUGCCAGGCAAUUUUAUACGGUUCAUAUCUACUCACCUUGCCCCCACAAUUUUGGUGAGCUUAAGCUCCACCUGCAGAAAUGAUUUCCUAUUUUACUUCAUGUUUUAUCCAAUGAUGUAAUCAAUCAGAAAUUUGCUUCUGAUUCCAAAUGAUUAGAAUUGCAAACUGAGGAUGGACAAUUAUUUCCUGGAUUGGCUAUGGAGACGUUUAACAAUCACUUCAUUGUUAUGAUAUAUGACUGUGAUUGUUGAUGUAUCGAAAAUGACACUUAUUUUCCAAAUCAUUGUCAAUGU